AUGGCUCUCCAUCAGUACGACUACCUCUUUGCCGUCGGCACCAUCUUUGCGUUCCUCGAUGCCUGGAACAUUGGAGUCAACGAUGUGGCCAACUCGUCGGCCUCUGGUGCCCUCGGCGUGGGUGGUCGUGUCGCCGAUACCAUUCGAACCAAGGUCAUCGACGUCGGUGCCUUUGAGGAACGGCCUGCUCUCCUCAUGCUCGGUAUUAUCUGCGCCGUCAUUGCCUCCUCAUGCUAUCUCACCGCCGCCACUCGGUUCGGCAUGCCCGUCUCGACCACACACUCCAUUCUGGGCGGUGUCUUGGGCAUGGGUAUUGGCGCGCUUGGCAACACCGGCAUCACCUGGGUGGGCUACAACAAAGACGGCUCGGCCGACCUCAAGGGCGGUGUCGUCCAGGUCUUCCUCGCCUGGGUUAUCGCACAGGUUCUAUCUGGCUUGUUCGGCGCCGCCAUCUUCCUCAUCACCAAGUACGGAGUCCUGUUGCGAUCGAAUUCCGCCAUGAGAGGCCUCGUCCUCGUCCCCAUCUACUUUUGGAUCACAGCCUCCCUCAUCGUCAUGUUGCUGAUCUGGAAGGGUGGUGACUACGAGGUCAAACUGACAGACGCUCAGAUCCCCGGUGUCAUUGUGGCCACGGGAGCUGCCUGGGGCCUGUUGGUGUCCUUCUUCCUUGUCCCUUGGAUGUACCGGGUUGGCAUCAAGGAGGACUGGCAGCUGAAGUGGUGGCACAUUCUCCAGGGCCCCUUUCUUCUCCGACGAGGCGAGGUCCGUCCACCCCCCGAGAAUUUCACCGGUGUUGUCCGCAACUUCUAUGAAGGCCAUUUGAACCGACAGGAGCUCGAAGCUCGAGGCGCACGAGCCGCUGCUACCACGGAAGAUGUCGAGGGUCAGCACGAAAAGACGGGCGCUGCUUCCGAUAUCUCCGCCCCAGGGGCUGGCGAACAACCUGUUGCCUCUACUCACAAGUCUCUCAUCGGCCCGAAGCCCGACGCUGCUUGGUACUCUGGUGCCGGACUAUGGUGGUGGUUCAAGUGGGCUCUGCUGCGCGGCAUCGACCAGGACAUUGUGGGUUUUCAGAGCGAGAAGUCUGUUAUCGCGGGCGACGUCGAAGGAAUCCAUGCACGAGCACACCACUACGACAACAAAGCCAAAUUCCUUUACACUUUCCUGCAGGUCAUGACGGCGGCCGCCGCCUCAUUUACCCAUGGCGCCAACGACGUCGCCAACGCGGUAGGUCCUUACGCCACCAUCUACCAGAUCUGGGACAGCGGCGUGAUCCCCAAGAGGGCUCAGGUUGACCUGUGGAUUCUUGCUUUUGGCGGCGCUGGUUCGUCAUUGGCCUCUGGACAUAUGGCUAUCACAUUAUGCGCAACCUGGGCAAUCACGUCACUCUAA